CUGCAAUUUGCAGCGGUAAAGAGCACCUCAAUACUCGAAGGCGUACCCUCAAAACUCCCCAUGCCCAACCGCAGAUAAAACCUUUUCGCCCAAAUGGCCAAACGAGGCAUGGAACUCUCGGACAAGGCCGCGCUACCUUUCAAGACCGCCAACAAACAGCGACGGCAAGAUCUGCACUUGAAGCAGAAGCGGGCACGAGAUGCUCUAAAAAGAUCAGAACGAUUCGCUCGGAAAAAGGAAGAGGCAAAGGACCCUAAACUGCGAGAAGAGCGACUCCGCCGCAAUAUUCCGAUCACGAUUGAUAGGAAGCGAGUCUUCGAUGAAGUCCAAGACGAACCGGACGAUGGCGGACUUGGAUUGGUCUACGACGUCGAACGGUUGAAGAGGAAGAAACUCGCCGAGGAACAAGAACUACCGCUCGAGGGAGAAGAACAGGAAGCUUCCGACCCAAACGCAGACGAUGACGAAGACGAUGCCGAUUCUAUGCUCGAAGAUAGCGGUGACGACGACGAACUACCAGCCGAAGACGACUUCGAACCAUCCGAUCUCGAAGACAACACGCACGACCCCUUACCCUCCAAAUCGCAGCUCAAAUCCGCAUCUUCCAGACCACGCGCACUUUCGCCAACACGAAGCACGACCUCGACAAACCUCUCCCUCGCUCCCGCUGCGCUCGCCGCCAAAUUCCCAUCCCUCUUUCCAUCUUCCGACGCCCCGCCUCCCCUUCCUCCAAAAAUCCUCAUCACAACGUCGAUCAAUUCAACCCUGCAUACCGAAGCCGCCAUCCUGACCUCCCUCUUCCCGAAUUCGAAAUAUAUCCGCCGCUCCUCUCACCGCUAUGGCUACAAAUUCUCCGUCCGAGAAAUCGCUGCCUUUGCCACAAAUCAAUCCUACACUGCCGUGAUCGUUCUCGAAGAAUCUCUGAAACGUCCCUCAGGCCUGACCAUCGUCCACCUUCCCACCGGACCUACCUUCCACUUCACAAUCACAAACUGGUACACCUCGCGCAGCAUUCCCGGCCACGGCCGUGCGACAGACCACAUCCCAGAACUCAUCCUCAACAAUUUCACAACGCCCCUUGGCUUGUUGACCGCUCACCUCUUCCGCUCCCUCUUUCCUGCCACACCGGACCUCAAAGGACGGCAGGUCCUUACGCUACAUAAUCAGCGCGACUACAUCUUUCUCCGCCGGCAUCGGUACAUUUUCCGCGACAAGCGCGAGACGGAGAAGUCAGUUGUCGGGCCCGAUGGGCGAGAAGUCAAAGGUGUCGAAGGUAUCAGGGCCGGACUGCAGGAGCUCGGGCCCAGAUUGACGCUCAAGCUGAGACGUGUGGACAAAGGAAUCCAAAGGCGGAGUGGUCAGGAUUGGGAGUGGAAGGCGCGGAUGGAGAAGACGAGGACGAAAUUCCAACUUUAGUCGGCAAUGUAUGAAAGUGCUCUUGUGUACUGGACUUGGACCCGCCGUAAAAACCAAGAACUGGUAUCUCGAGUCUCAACACUGCGAAAUGAACAUGUGGUUUAUGGCUCGGAUCUCUACUGGCCAACCACCCCAAAUUCAAGUGUCUGCGAGAAGUCCUCCACUGUAUCAAAGGUGUAGGAACUGACGCGGUCCGGAAUCCCAUAAUCCUAGUUUGAACAACAGAUCUUCUUGUCAGCUCAGACUUCUUCAUGAC